AUGGCCACAACUCACAACAAGAAUGUUAUUUUUCUUCUUCUCUUUUUGAUUGCGCUGGUGCUGGUGGAUAUCAAGGCACGCUGGACACAAGACUGUUUUGACCUUGAGUACGCAAAAGCAGCAGCUGGUUCCGACAACAUAGACGAUUUACAACAGAACAACGACGUGCUAGAAACAACAGAGGAAAAGAAAGAACACUCUCCACCUUCAGAAGUUAUCUACCAUCCAAUAAUCAAGAGCGAAGAAAAUGAAGAGAAGCAAGAAGUUGUUGAUGGAGCGACGGCGAGUCCUGAACUCGAAAAGUUUCAAAACAAUCACGUCGUCCAAAUGACCGCUGUGGUCAGUAGCCCGGUCCUGACGGAUGCUGAAUUAGAAUACGUCCUCAGUAGAGUCAAAAUGGGACCAGAGCUCGAUGAAAACUGCAAAAUCCAAAAAGAUCUUUUUUUCCUAAAAUCGUCGAAAACGGGCUCUACCACGAUGAUGUCAAUUUUCCAGCGCUUCGGGUUGAAAUACAAUUCACGCUUUUUGAUGGGCGAGAAUCGCGGCGGUAUGGCAGUGAAUUCGCGCCCGGUUAAUCUCGAAGAUGACUGCUGGCUUGGCAAGAAUAUUGAUGGAUUGAAGUUUGACUUGAGUUGCAAUCAUCUCCACUGGAACAAGACGGUUAUCGACGCGCUAAUGGUCGAUGGGUACAAGAGCAUUGGAAUCGCUAGAGAGCCCAACAGUCAUUUCAUCUCCUCGUUUAACUUUUACCACAAUCUCAUGCCAAAAUUCACUUACAUGCUGAAUCCCAGCGCGCCAUACAACCAAAAGCGCCGGCGGGUAAGUUCCCGAAAACAGCUCAUGUCGAUGAAGCCGUCCAAAGAAGACAUCAUUGUCGAAAUGAAAGAAUUCCUCAAAAAUCCAUGGUUCUAUUUAUCGGACAUGGGGAAUAACUCCUUCGCAUACAUGGCGAACGUUCGCCCACAACUGCUGUUUUACGGAAAAUCGCGAAAUAACGUCGCAAGCUAUGAUCAAGGGUUGACGCGCGAGGACGUGCUCGAUUGGAUUCAGGACAUCAUGGCUGGUUUCGAUCUGAUGAUGGUGCUUGAGUACUUUGACUACUCAUUAGCGAUGAUGUCGUUACAGUUUUGCAUCCCCGUCGAAGAUCUAGUCUACAUCGCAGUCAACCAGAGACACGAGACGACGGAAAAUAGCGCCAAGAAAAAGCCUCCACUUGAUGAUGAGGAUCUCCAGCGGCUCAAGGAGCUUAACUGGCCGGACUAUCUUCUUUACCAAGCAUUGAACACAACCUUCUGGCGACGAGUAGAGUUCUACGGCGAGGAAGUGGUCAAAGAGCGGGCUGAUAAGAUCAUCGAGCUCUCACACCAGAUCAGCUCGGAAUGCAUCGACUUCGAGCGCGAGGGCGCAAACAAACUCGUCGACCGCGUUUUUCUCUUGGAGAACAAGCAAGACAAUUCCACCUGUCUCCAACUGCAGUUCCAAGGAGUCAGGGCCACCAAGCUGUUCAUGGUUCAUCAAGUAGAAGAGCUGCGAGAAAUGACCAACAACAAGUACGAAUUCUGCGGGCCAAAGAUCGUCUACGGCGAAGAAGCGCACAACUAUCUCAAGUGGAGGGACAACUAUCUCCGCAUGUACAGAGCCGUCAAGGGCGACUUCGACUGA